CUAGUAUUCAUCUUUAUCUUUACAAUCGGCCAUAGCAAUCCAAGAGCUUUGUUUAGUUUCGAUAUCUGCUAAUUGAUUGAUUGGAUAUGAGCGGAAUGCGUGAAGUUGCCGUGCGAUUGAUUGUUUUAUGGCUUCUCCAUCGGCAAACAAAUGAGGUAAUUGGAGCAAUCAGAGGAUGUCCGACAAUAUCCGGAGUGAUAUGCAUCGAUCAAAGUACAUUCGGACUGUGUGACACAGAUGGCUUUCUUACGGAAACCCGCUUCAACUGUGCUAUCGGGAGCAUAUGUACUGAAAAAUCACCUGAAAUCUGCAAGCCUCUCUACAAAGCUGCGCCUCCAUCAUGCGAUAAAAAUUGUGGGAAAUGUAACAAGAGCAAAGGUUUUGCAUGUGUCGGAAAAAGCAAGUUCGCCAUUUGCUCCGACGGAAACUACCCUGGAGGCAUAAUUUAUUCCUGUCCCCGAAACACCGUGUGUAGUACUUCUGGAAAAGUCGAUACCGGAGAAAGUAAAUUGACCGAGUUUUGCUAUGAUGAGCUGAAAGUGCCUAAGCCGGAUUGCUGCUGAUUAGGGGCAGGAAAUGUAAUCAAAACUUCACCGGGGUGAAAUGAAGUGGCCAUUCCUGUACUAUAUAUAACAAAUUAGUUAUCAAUAAUUUAUUUUGCCAAUUUUUAUUCAUUUAAAAUUUAUUACAAUUUCUUUUUACAUUUUCAAUUAUCCUAAAUUUCUAGUUAGAAGUGAUUUGUCUGAAAUAUUCUAAUUUAGCAUAAAAACCUUAAACCACUCGCAGCAGCAGCUAGUAAUGCUGCUAUGAGUAGUACCCAUCUUCGUAAA